AUCUGCCAAUCAAGAGCUGUUGGCCAACGGGCUUUCACGUUGAUUUUGACGCUAUUUAAGGGCGCCCCCGAAGUCGCGCAUUGCUGGUUUGUCGAAAAUCUUGUUAGAGGGUUAUCAUGAACCGGCCUGAAAAGGGUAACAUUUUAAUCGUAGGAAGUGGAAUCGUUGGACGGAGCUGGGCCAUGUUGUUCGCAGGUGCUGGGUACCGAGUAAUUUUGCAUGACACGGUUCAUCAACAGGUGACCUGUGCAAUCGAAAGUAUAAGGCAGCAGCUGAAUGAACUUGAAAAAAAUGGCAUUCUUCGAGGAACAUUGAAAUCAAGUGAACAACUGCUCCUGAUCAGUGCCUGCAUUAACCUUGCCCAGGCAGUAGAGGGUGCCAUUCUCAUCCAGGAAUGUGUUCCUGAAAACUUGGAAAUAAAGAGGAAGGUUUUUCAAGAGUUGGAUGAUCUUAUGAAUGAUGACGUGAUUCUCAGCAGUUCCACCUCUUGUCUUUUACCUUCAAAGCUAUUCACGGAUCUCAAGCAUGUUAAACAGUGCAUUGUCUCUCAUCCUGUGAAUCCAGCCUGCUAUAUACCCCUGGUUGAACUAGUUCCUCAUCCUGAAACACGUCCUGCUAUUCUGGAACAAACAUACGUACUCAUGAAAGAAAUUGGCCAGUUGCCAGUCAAGUUGACCAAAGAAAUCGAAGGAUUUGCUUUAAAUCGAAUUCAAUAUGCAAUUAUUGGAGAGUCAUGGAGACUUGUUAAGGAUGGUGUGCUGUCACCUGAAGAUGUAGACCUUGUGAUGUCAGCUGGUUUAGGAAUGCGUUAUGCUUUUAUGGGACCUUUUGAAACUGCUCAUCUCAAUGCACAAGGGUUCAAGAAUUACUGUGAGCGGUAUGACACAGGUAUGAAAAGAGUUUUAUCGUCUUUUGGACCUGUUCCUGAAUUUUCUGGUGAAGUUAUGGAGAAAAUUAAUAAGGCAAUGUCUGAAAAAACUCCACUGGAUCCGGAAAGCCUUAAUGCACGAAGACUGCAGAGAGACCAUCAUCUGAUUGCUCUAGCAAAAUUGAAAUCAGAUUGCAAGUGAAAUGUAUUCCUAAAGAUUCUGUCAAGAUUGAUAUCUUGUAUUACAGAUUAUAAUGCAGAGCAAUAUGAGUUGCAUUGAUAUAAAAUAACAUGUUAAUA